AGCUACGUGGCUAGCCUAGCUUCCUCUUAAAUUAUCUGUCUGUUUUGAAGCUGCUGGUAUGGCUGGCAGCAGGAUGCAGAUGGAGCUGUCCCGUGUGGUUCAGGGCACAGCUCGUUUGGGUGUGCUGAAGGGUCUCGGGAGGACGGGGCAGCACUCUCUUGAUGUUCCGGGGUGUCUGCUGUACACCCACCUUGGUACGGCACCCCACCUCACCCAGGACACGCUGCACACCAUCAGCAACCUCCCCUCUGUCACUCAGGUCACUCUGUCCCACGUUGCAGAGCAGCAAGAAGUGCUGGAAGAGUUUAAAGAUGGAUUAAAGACAUUUGCAGGGCUUCAUGAUACAGUGUUGUACUGCUCACUUCACGACCCUGCAACUCCUUGCCCGACAGGCUACACUACCAACAAGACGGUGUCUGUGUGGGGCAGCGGUGGGCGGAUAGAGCUGUCGGUGGCCAAAUUUAUGGCUCUCCAGAAGACAGUGCAGCCAGACUGGUACCAGAGCAUGGCAGAUGGAGAGACCUGGCAGGUCAACACGUCUCGCAAAAGGAUCAGAAAGUCAGUGGAUCGAACCUUGGCUCAUUUGGACGAGUGUCUGCUGCUCCACCAAAAAUCACAGGAAUUGGAAAGAGCCAGAGUAUUUGGGGUAGUGGAGGGAGGAGACAUCUUGGAGGAGAGGGUGCGCUCAGCAAGGGAGACCGCCAAAAGGCCCGUGGCAGGUUUCUGCCUGGACGGCUUCCAAACUGGUGCCAUGGAUCAGGACCUGAGGAUCCAACUCAUCACUGCUGUGACCAAGGAGCUGCCUGAGGACAAACCCAGACUGCUGCAGGGUGUGGGACGCCCUGAUCAGGUGCUGGCGUGCGCAGAGGCUGGCGUGGAUUUGUUCGAAGGCUUCUUCCCGUUCCAGGUGACGGAGCGAGGCUGCGCGCUCUGCUUCCGCUUCGACAUCUCCGUUGACCCAGAGCGCACAGCUCUGGAUGAAGGGGAGCACGCCGCGGGGGAGACGCAGCCGAACGGAGAUCUUAAUUGUGACGAUCAAACGCAGAUGACACGCUUUGAAAUAAAUCUCAAAGACAAAAGGUUUCAGGACGACUUCAGGCCCCUGGUGGAGGGGUGUGGCUGCUACUGCUGUAAGAACCACCAGAGGGCGUAUGUACACCACCUUCUGGUGACCAAUGAGCUGCUGGCUGGAGUCCUGCUCAUGAUUCACAACACAAUCCACUACCAGAACUUCUUCACCGCACUGAGAGAGGCUUUAGUCAGCGACAAAUUGGACCUGCUGAAGAAGCGGCUGCACAUGGAUGAAGGCCUGCAGGUGAACACAAAGGAUAACUAGUCCUGGCGUGAGAGGAAGAACAUGGACUGAUGUGGUGGGACAGAGACAGUCAUGACAGAAUGGUCCAGUGGUUGAACUGCAGAAGAGCAGACCUUCAGGACAACUCACUUUUUAUGUUCUCAGCUGAGUUUUUAUAAAAACAAAAUAAAACCAAGUGUAAAAGAAGCAGAUCAGAGCCGUAAAAUUUUGUAAUGGGUUCACCUCAAGACAAUGUUGGAUCUUCCAAGUCAGAUGUCAUAAUUAAAGUGUUUGUCCAGUUACUGUUGGUUAAAUGAUUUAUAGUGAAGCAUAAAUGGAC